AUGAGUCUUGCUUCCUUUUACCCAAUUUGCAAUCUGGAGUCACUGUCAACUUUCAAUAAAACUACUUCCAGUGACUCUGGUUGGCAUUUCUGCGGUGGUUAGUUGAUCAAUGAAAACUGGGUUGUCACCGCUGCACAUUGUGAAGUGAGUACGAACGACUUUGCUAUUGUUGGUGCCCAUGACAAAAGCUCAAAAGCUGAAGCCAGCCAGAAAUCCAUGUCCAUUGCUAAGGUCAUUACACACCCCAAGUGGAACCCAUCCACCGUUAAUUAUGAUGUUUCUGUGGUGAAGCUUGCAACCCCCGUUCAGUUCAACAGUCAUGUGUCACCAGUCUGUCUCGCCGCUGUAUCUGAUAACUACCCAGAGGGCAUGAUGUGUGUCACAACGGGAUGGGGAAGGACUCGUGCUUAUCGUAUCAUGGUUAAUGCCAUGCUGCUCUACUGCUGUGCUCUACAGCUCAUUCUCUGCUUCGGUGCCAUCAGAGCUGAACUGGAUUCCAACGCCGUUAGAGAUGUGACCACAAAUGCCGACUUUACAUCCCUGAGCAGGGGCAAGACCCUAUUUUCUGCUGCAGCUGAUGUUUGA